CUUUUAUAUUUUCUUCUCCACUUCCUCCUCCUGUCCUUGAGACAUUUGCUACCCAAGUCAAGCUUUAAGUUCUUACACUUAAAAGCUGUCUUGGUCUUGGAUCCUCAUUCGAGGACUUUGAGGAUGGGGUCGAGUGAUGGAGAGAUUGUCCACAACUCAUCUGUAGCAACUGAUCCUCCACAGGUCCCACCACAUCGGUCCCACGAUCCCGAAAACAACCUCAAAAGGACAGACCCAUUUCAGUUUGGCUCUCGACUGCUGAGUGACGAAGACAAUGUCUUCGAGUUCAAUGCCUGGGAUCAUGUAGAAACUGACGAUACUUACAAGGAGUAUGCAGAGCUACAAUACGCAAAACAACGAGAAGCUCCCGUCUCAGAAUUUGACAAAAACAGAUUCAACGCUGAUCCUGCCAAAUGGUGGAAUAAUUUCUACAAGAAUAACACCGCAAAUUUUUUCAAAGAUCGUAAAUGGCUCCAGCAAGAAUUCCCCAUCCUCUCCAACGUCACCUCAGCCUCCUCUCCUCCAACCACACUUCUUGAGGUGGGCGCCGGAGCAGGCAAUACAGCGUACCCAAUUCUCAAACACAAUCAAAAUAAACAUCUCAAAAUACAUGCGUGCGACUUCUCCAAGAAGGCCGUCGAAGUAAUACGAGAAAAUGAAGCAUAUGAUAAUGGCGUGAACAUACAGGCCGAUGUCUGGGAUGUGGCCGGAGACAGCUUGCCGCCUGGACUGGGUCCAGAGAGCGUAGAUGUCGUCCUGAUGAUCUUCAUCUUCUCGGCCCUCUCACCAAGUCAAUGGAAGAAGGCCGUGAGCAAUAUCUAUACCCUCCUCAAGCCGGGCGGCGAAGUGCUCUUCCGAGAUUACGGCCGUGGCGAUCUGGCACAGGUUCGGUUCAAAAAGGGCCGGUACCUGGAAGAGAAUUUCUAUAUCCGAGGAGAUGGGACGCGAGUCUAUUUCUUCGAGAAGGACGAGCUCCAUCGCAUAUGGACGGGCAAAGACCCGGAAUCCUCCAGCGAUGCCUCUGAUGCCGAGAGCACUGGCUUUGAAGUCGUCAACCUGGCAGUGGAUCGGAGGUUGCUGGUCAACAGAGCGAAGCAGCUCAAGAUGUAUCGAUGCUGGAUGCAGGGACGGUUUAGGAAACUGCCGUCCCCCGGUUAA